AACCUCCAUGUGCGUCGCGUUUUGAUUGACAUGGCGGAGUCUCCCAGUACGCGUCGCGCCGCGCCAGCAGACAGGCAAGACCCGACCCUGGGAAUAAAAAAACGCGCAGCCCCGUCUGUUUGAAGAUUAUUUUAUUGCAGCGAGGUAGGGCAGUUCAGUGAAUUUCUCCAUGAAUGUACGUCACAAUGAUGAUGACAGACCAGAUUCCACUGGACUUGGCUCCGCCCCCCCUCCUGAACGGGGAGGUCCCUCUCAUGCCUCACAUGGUUAACGGUGAUGCAGCACAGCAGGUGAUCCUGGUGCAGGUGAACCCGGGGGAGACGUUUACCAUCCGGGCAGAGGACGGCUCACUGCAAUGCAUCCAGGGUCCUGCUGAGGUUCCCAUGAUGUCCCCAAAUGGGUCAAUCCCCCCCAUCCACGUGCCCCCAGGAUACAUCUCACAGGUGUUGGAGGAUACCACAGGGGUCCGCCGGGUGGUGGACCCCCAGUCUCCAGAGUGCUACCCUCCCUCAUACUCUCCAGCCCUUUCCCCCACACACCACCUGCCCCCCUACCUGGCUCACCCUCACUUCAUCCCCAACUCUCACUCUUUCUACCCCCCUGUCAGCCCGGGAGAGCUGCCCCCCCACCAGUACUACCAGCACCACCUUCCCCCCAUGUACGGCGAUCCAGAAAUCAUCCCAGUUUAUGGGAUGUCUAACUAUAUAGGCAGAGAGGAGACAUACAGUAAGCCACAGCCCAAAAAGAUAAAGGAACAGAGACAACUAGAGCGACAGAACCGACUUAACUCCCCUCCCUCUACUCUCUAUAAGAGCAGCCUGGGGCCAGCACACAACGGAUACAGCAACAAAUCACACGCCCCGUUGCUUGGGUCAGUGGGGUCAGGAGGAGGUGUCAGCAGUCCAGGAGGGAAGAAGCCAGAGAGGCGACUCCGCAGCAGUCCACGAAACAGUGAACCGGAGACACACACACAAGACCAUGAUUCAGAGGGGAAGCGUGUUCAAGACAUGCUGUCUACAAUCGACAAACCACAGGUGUCCAAUGUGCAGGCGCGGGCUGCACGGCUGUCCUGGGCCCCCCCGGCAGGGCUGGUGAACAGGCAUAGUAACGGGAUGCCUGUGUCCUGCUCCUACGAGGUCUCUCUCUCAGAUAAGGGACGAGAUGGAAAGUAUCGCCUCAUAUACAGUGGCGAAGAAUUGGAGUACCAUCUGAAAGACCUAAGGCCAGCGACAGACUACCACGUACGGGUCUCGGCAAUGUACAACUCGGUUCGAGGCUCGUGUUCAGAGGCCGGCUCGUUCACCACACACUGCAGCGUCCCCGAUGUCCCGUUAUCCCCGAAACUCUCCCACCGCACCAAGAGCACCCUCACCCUACAGUGGAAGCCCCCAGGCGACAAUGGAUCCAAAAUCACAAACUACCUGCUCGAGUGGGAUGAGGGAAAGAAGAACAGUGUUUUCAGAGAAUGUUACUUUGGGAGCCAGAGACACUGUAAGCUGACACGACUGUUCCCCGCCUGUGGCUACACGUUCAGAGUGGCUGCGCACAACGACAUAGGCACAAGUGGCUUCAGCACAGAGGUGGUGUUUUACACCAUGGGCACCCUGCCUGCUCUGCCUCUGGCACCACGGCUGGUCAGAGCGGGGGUGUCCUGGGUGACCCUGGAGUGGGGGCGUCCUGAGGGCAGUCCCAGCGAGGAGCAACUCAAAUACACACUCGAGAUCCAGGAGGACAACAGCGGAGCAGACUUUCAUCCAAAGUACACUGGAGAAAACUUGACCUGUACUGUACCAGGCCUGAAGAGGAGUACACAGUAUAAAUUCAGGCUCAUAGUGUCAAACAUGGAGGGAAAGAGCAGUCCCAGUGAAGUGUUGGUUUGCACCACCAAUCCAGACAAACCAGGCCCUCCAUCUACGCCCUGUGUCACCGCGGCAACACCCUACGGAUUCACCGUCACAUGGGAUCCUCCACAGGACAACGGGGGCUCGGAGGCUCUCACGUACUUGCUAGAGAUCUCAGAGGGAUGCUCCGAAGCGAGCCAGUGGGAGGUAGCGUACAGUGGUCCAGCAACAGAAUGCGUGUGUGAGCACCUGACACCCGGGACCUUCUACCGCCUACGUGUUUGCAGCAUCACCACCGGAGGACACAGCCCGUGCACUGUUAGCGUUCCGGUUCGUACAUUAAGUGUCCCACCAGGGCCCUGCCAGCCACCGAGGAUUGUGGGUAAAGCCAAACACAAGGAAGUGCAGUUAGAAUGGGACUCCCCCGUCUCUGAGGGAGUGUGUGAGGAGUGUGUGUUCAGUCUGGAGAUGAGCGAGGGGGACACCAAGCCAGCGGAGGUUUACCACGGGUCGGAGUUGCAAUGCACAGUCGGCAGUCUGCUACCCGGUGCCACGUACAGCUUCCGUCUGCGGGCUGCCAAUGAGGCAGGGAUGGGAGCGUACUCUGACCCAACAGAGGUGACAACUGCAGCGGGUCCUCCCGGCCAGUGCGGGGUGCCACUCAUCACUCUCACCAGCAACACCUGUGUAACGCUUAACUGGGAGAGUCCCGAGGGUUCGGGUACAGACAUCUCUGAAUAUCGCUUGGAGUGGGCGAGGGAAGACGAACCCAUGGAGCUCAUCUACUGUGGAUCUGCCACACAGUGUGAACUGUCAGACCUGACGCCUGCCACAGACUACUGCUGCAGGCUACAGGCGGUGAAUCAGGCGGGCGCUGGUCCUUACAGCGAGCAGGUGAGUUUCAGGACCCCGGCGACAAAUCCCGACCAGGUCUCGUCCCUCACCCUCCUGGACCUCCCAACCUCCUCGGAGUCAGGUCACUCCCCGUCUACCUGCCUCUUCCUCAAGUGGGACGAGCCAAACAGCAAUGGGGCCGAGAUCACCUCCUACGUCAUCACCCUGGACGACCAAAUCGUCACUGUGGAAACAGGGACAAGUCACCUUGUCACGGGCCUACAACCAGACACCGAAUACAGUGUGCAGAUCCAGGCGGUGAAUGCCAUCGGCUCCAGUCCCACGAGUCCACCCCUGCAGGCGAGGACACGCCCCCUCCCUCCGGCCCCACCCCCCCUCGAAUGCUCGGCGGCUGGCCCUCAGAGCCUGAAGCUGAAGUGGGGCGAGAACGCCAGCCACACACGCGCCCUGCUCACCGAUGACAUAGUCUACACACUACAGAUGGAGGACAAAAACCACAGGUUUGUGACGAUCUACCGUGGCCCCAGCCACACCUACAAGGUCCAGCGGUUGACUGAAUCCAGCAGUUACAGCUUCAGAAUACAGGCCAUCAGCGAUGCUGGGGAGGGCCCAUUCUCUGACACGCACACUUUCUGCACCACCAAGUCUGUACCCCCUGCCCUCAAAGCUCCCAGAGUGCACCAGCUGGAGGGUAACAUGUGUGAGAUCACAUGGGAGACCAUCCCACCAAUGAGAGGGGAUCCUGUGAGCUACGUGCUCCAGGUGCUGGUGGGCCGUGAGUCAGAAUACAAACAGGUUUUUAAGGGAGAGGAGGGCGUGUUCCAAAUCUCUGGUCUCCAGGGCAACACAGACUAUCGUUUCCGUGUGGGCGCCUGCCGCCGUUGCCAGGACACAUGCCAGGAACUGUGCGGACCACUGAGCACCUCCUCCUUGUUCACGCUGCGUCGCCAGGAGACGGCGUCGUCAGGGGAGCUGUGCGCCGUGGAGACGGGCAAGGGGGCGGGCCUGAUCUCGAGCGACGAGCGCUUCGCGGCGCUGAUCGUGUGCGUGUUCGCGGGCUUCUCCAUCCUCAUCGCCUGCUUGCUACAGUACUUCUUCAUGAAGUGAGGGAAUUUUAACUCUAGGAUAGAAAGAGAAAGCUAAAUCACAGAGAAACUUUAAAAAAAAAAACACGUCUAUGAAAGAACCGAAUGAAAUCAAAACAAACACUUGAGAUGUACUUCUAAGGCAAUGUAUGUGUUUUUUUGUUUGUUUUUUGUUUUUUUGUUUUGUUUUGUUUUUUAGUCAAAGUAUCGAUUCAGGCUUUCCUCACCUAGUUCCUGUUGUCUACUGCCUUCACUCAGUUUGGUCUCAUUUCUCUCUACGUCUCAAUUGUCUCUGUACCAUUGUCUGUUUCAUUUGUUAAGGAUUUCUGUCGAGGGAAGCCUUGUCUUAGCUGUACCUCGGUUGGGAAAGAAAACUGAUAAUCAAGCCUUAAAAUAGCUGUGAGCAAAGCAGUUGCUCCUCAGACUGACUUGCAUGUUUUUAUUUUGUAUCUUUUAAAAACAUAUUCGAUUAGAGAACAUGUAUAUUUCUUGACGGUCAUUGCCUUACAAUUUUUCUUUUUUGUUUUUCAGUGUUUAAUUUGCUUUUUUUUUUUUCGUUUUGUUUUUGCUGCAGUCUUUAUUCAUUCAGCCAUAUUCCAAUGUAGGCCUUCAAAGCUUUAGCCGUUCAUACCUUAUUAUUCAGUUUGUUACUACUCUACAGGCUGUCAGUCAAUUCAUGCAAUCUGCACCUGCUCUCACACACAGACUGACAGAGACACAGUGCACAUACACACACAUGUGCAGACUUACGUACAUAGACACACACACACACACACACGUACAAUUACAUUCAUGCAAUGACAAUGAGAAACACACAUUUCCUCCUAAGAAGGCAAUCGCUUAUCUGCUCAGCUUUUAACAUUCAAUCACUCACUCAUUCAGCUACCAAAGUGAUGCAAUCUAUGUGUGGUGUAAGAUGCUGCUAUCCUGUGAUUUUAUUAUAUCUAAGAAAGAAUGGAAAACCAGUAAUCUAAUAUAUAUACACACAAUAUAUAUAUUAUAACAAAUAUCUAUGAUGCUAUAGAAGUGAUGUAAUAUAAGUGAUGGCAAUGUAAGGUCUGAAGUACAGCGUAAAAGGGGAGGAAUUUACUCUAGGUGCUCACAACAGCAGCUCUGAGGUCAGUUCAGUAGCUCGCGCAAACGUUUGAAGGAGCCCUUAAACACUGGUCUUGGAUCAGAAUAUGAACCCUUAUAGGUAUUCAGAUGUUGGGCGUAAACUGGCUUUAGCAUUUAAGGAAGCCGGGCUCGGAUCGUGAUUGGCUGCAACUUACCAGGAAAGGGCUGGGACGUUCGGCUCUCGGCCAGUCCUUCCCAUCCUCUACCAUCUCAAAUACCAUUUCUCCAGCCUAUUUAUCUGUAGCUUUAGUAGCGAUAUGCCCGUAGCAUCACAGACCCAGAGGUGCUAACAGCCUGCCAGCUAGCUGCCCUUUCUCAGAGCUGUGUGUGUGCGUUAACCAGGAAAGCCAUUAGGAGUUAGCUUGAGCUUUACCCCCCUUGAAAUUUGACCAGCUGCCAGCCAGAGCAGUGCUGAAGCUGUAGUUUCUCCUUCUAGCUAGUCUGUGAAUCGAUACAUUUGAAGACUCUUCUGCUCUUUUCUCCUCUCCUGACCAUAAUUAUCUGUAAUUACCUUUUUGCUCUGGCUGCUCCUCUCCUGCUUUCGAUCCAUCCCAUCUUUCUGCCCAUGCACUACUCUUUCUCUCUCUCCCUCCUUAUUUUCUCUCUCUCUCUCUAUUUCUCUCUCUCUCUCUCUCUCUCUCUCUCUCUCUCUCUCUCUCUCACUCUUACUCUCUCUCUCACUCUAUUAAAAGGUGCUUUAUUGACAUGUAAUCAGAGCAGUAGCAAGUCUGUGGUUUCUCCUCAGACGGACAUGUUCUCUGGGCAAUUGAACUAAUGUUCACUAACCAAACAAGCCUUUGACAGAACACAACUCAACAGAACAGGGCAUUCUGACACAUGUAACACCCCUCCUGACCUCCCUCCCUCCCAUGACCCCCGAACCCCCCUUUUUUUUCUAACCCCAACCCGAAAAACAAAGCCAAGGUACAGCCCAAUACAUACCCUGAUGAUCCAAAGAAGUCACCCUGACCCGUGUGAUUUAUGUGUGAUGUGUCCACUUUUGUCGGGUGGGGUGUGGGGGAACAGGGGGGAUCGGGUGGGAAGGGGGAGGGCGGGAUAACGAUCAGCUCUGAUUGGCAGCCUGUAACGUACCUCAGGGAAAAGGCCUUACAGAGGGGAGAUCUAAUCCUGUCAUCUCCAUCGCUGUCAUCAUUGUCAUCAUUAUUAGCCUCUCUUCCUCUGUUUCUCUCUGUCUUCCUACCAGUCUUUCUUUCAUUUUUUGAUGCUGUAUCUUGUCCUCUGUCUAUGCUGUGCCUUGCUCCUGUAUGUGUCAGUAAGCAAAGUGGUUUACUAGCUCAAAAUACCUUUGCCAAAGUUGAUGGGAAAGUUAAGGUAGAGUUCUUUUCUAGGUUUAUUUAUACUAUAUAUUUGCAUACAGUACUUUACAUGCCAAUUACAGUGCAAUCUUCAUUUAUUUAUUGUUUAAAGAUUAAGAGACAAGUGUAGUUAUAUACUAAUUUUUUUCCUUGUAGCAUGUUUUUUUUUUUUCUUUUUAAUUUUUUUAAUGGAUGUAUGUUAGAUUGUAUGAUUAAGGCCAGCAUUCCUUAUCUCAGUAACCCUUUAAGUAUUUCUCUUACAGCUGUUGGGAACCUGUAGCUCAUCAGUCCAUGCAUUGCAGUUAUCAUUGCUGUUUCAAACAUGUAACCAAAUGCCUAUGUAUUUUGUUUUUUUUUUGUUUGUUUGUUUGUUUGGGGUUUUCUUUUUUUUGUUUGUUUGUUUGUUUUUUUCAUCUCCUGUUUUGGCCGUGCACAGCCGAGCAGUUCUUGUAAUGCUUAGAGAGACAUGUAGCAAAGCCAGGCCUUAGGGUCAGUUCAAGUCAUCGGUAUUGGGAUAAAUGUCGCUGCCUUUGGCUUAUCUUUCUGAUUAGUGUUAUAAUGAAGCUUCUGAUACCUUUUUACUGUUUUAUUGCCAAAGUGCAGGCUUCUCGUGUCCACUAGAUGUUGCGUUUGCAGUCGUCUAAAGGGUUUCUGUGAUGUUCUUCUGUAACGACACAGCAUUACGAUUAUUAUUAUUGUUAUUAUUAUUCUCUCAAAAGGAAAAAAAAACAUUAACUUGAUCUGUGAUUAUGCUUCUUUUCAUAUUAUCUUUUAUUAUUUUGUUUUGUAAAGCAAAAUGUGCCAUUUAUGAAAUGUGUAGCCCCUUUUGGAGGAGAGUUUUUAACACAACCUGAUUUCACACUGAAAGGUAAAAAAAAAAAAAAGGCAAAAACAAUCACACAAUGAUUUCAGGCAAAUGACGACAAUAAUAAUAUUGACGAUUCCUUGUUCAGGCUAGUGCUGGUAUAGCAGUAGUGAGUAUUUUAUAUCCAGUAUUUUGCUAAGAGAUGAUAUACAGAGAUAUCUAUAGAGCUAUAGAAUGAGAUGGUAAAUACAUUAUGACUAACAGAGUUGAAGCACUUUUUAUAUGCCGAGCAUUAGUCUUGAUGAGGUUAAUAUGAGCGAGAGGAGACAUGCAGCCCUCUGCUCCGUUCCAAACACUACUGCCAACGCCGUCUGUUACAUUCAUUGGCAUUAUUCUGUCGUUGGCGCCACUGUGACAUUGGCAUUACUGGAGCACGUUUCUGUGCUUCUCAAAUGGCACCCUGCUCCCUGCAGAAUGCAAACUAUGGCAACAACGGAAGUACAGGUCAUAGGGCGCGGGGUGCCUUUUUCUCAGACGUGUUCAUGGUGUGUCUACCUAGCCUGUUGCAUUGUAGAUGACAGGUUAUGUUUGAGGUGCCCUGUCCUUAAACCCCUGAUGUUAUGUUGCCCACCCGCAGCCCCUUGUCCCCCCUGUUCAAGCCUUAAUGCCCCGGUGGGAGAGCAGAGGUUUGCCUUGUGUUUGGCCAAACUCAGGCCAGUUAUGUGUUGUAUAGUCUAAGGUUAACACAGUGUUAACAGACAGGCUGUGUGUUUGUGGGCAGGGUACUCCCUUUAUGUGCUUUGUUGUUUUUGUUUUGGGUUUUUUUGUUUGUUUUUUUCAUAUGCUGGUGAUUUUUGACACCUCGCCCUCCCCAGCCACACCUUGCAGGUCCUACACAUUUGGUGCGUAUAUCAAGAAUGAGAGACAAUUUUUUUGCCCAGCAACCCCACGUCUGUGCCUUCUGAUCAGUUUUUUUUUUCUUUUCUUUUUUUUCUCCUUUUUUUAUGUUUUGUACGUUUUACAGUAAGUAGAGAUUUUGACUGAGAGAUUGGCGAUUUGACAAACGUACAGAGAUUCACAGGUAUUUAACUAUUUUUUAAGCGAGACAAAAAAAGAAACAUAUUUUUACCUCACGAUUUAAAAACAAACAUUCCAAUGUUGUCAUGGUCUACGAAUUGAAAAAAAAAAAGAAAUUCAUGCAUUUCUUCUUGUAUUGUAAAUGUUAGACAAUUUCAUAUGCAUUAUAUAAAAGAAACUGCCAUAUCAAUUUUAAUGUAUAGAUUUUUGCAAAUACUACCCUAUGUAUGUAAGACGUAACUGUAUCGGUAGCGUAUAUAUAAUAUAUUUAUGCCCAAUAAAUGUUUUAAUUUUUUUCUGA